AAAAAUAGGAAAAAAUCCGAACAAAAAUUGUGAAAAUAUCAUCACCAUUGUUUCGCCAAGGUCCAAUACCCAAAGGUUCCUGACCCAAUUUCUUAACACCUACAAACAAUGCUUCGAAGCCUUGCGCUUGUUGCCACCACCUCUACUUCCACCAUCUCCAAACCUUUAUUAUUUUCUCCCUCCCCCAAACUCACCCUUUUUUUCUCUCCUUUUUCUCUCCCUUUCCCUCAAACCAAACGAUCCCUUUCACUGCACCGGUCCCCCAUGAACAUCCUCAAAAGCUUCGGUUUCGGAGCCAACAACAAGCCAACCCCAUCAAUGCAAAACUCCGCUGUCGCUCAAGGUCCGGACGAUGACGUCCCUGCUCCUGCUCAGCAGUUUGCUCAGUUUGGUGCGGGGUGUUUUUGGGGCGUUGAAUUGGCGUUCCAGAGAGUUCCGGGUGUCACCAAGACGGAGGUCGGGUAUACCCAAGGGUUCAGGGAUAAUCCGAGUUACGAAGACGUCUGUUCUGGGACUACGAACCAUAAUGAAGUUGUGAGGGUUCAGUAUGACCCUAAAGAGUGCAGCUUUGACACUUUGCUUGAUGUCUUUUGGGCUCGCCAUGAUCCUACCACCCUCAAUCGCCAGGGGAAUGAUGUUGGGACACAAUACAGAUCCGGUAUAUACUAUUACACACCAGAGCAGGAGAAUGCAGCGCGGGAGUCCAUGGAAAAACAACAGAAACUGUUGAACCGAAAGAUUGUUACAGAGCUUCUACCCGCCAAGAAGUUUUAUAGAGCAGAGAAAUAUCACCAGCAGUACCUUGCGAAAGGAGGUCGAUUUGGUUUCAAACAAUCUGCAGAGAAAGGUUGCAACGAUCCAAUCCGAUGCUACGGCUAAGUUGCCACUGUUGCAUAUGCAUUUCCAGGUUUGUGAUUGUUUAUAGCUAUAUGCUCUUGCCUGUCAGUGGCAUAUAAUAAUACUUUUGAAAAACCCUUCUGUUGAUGGAAUGAAUGCUUGCUUAUUUAUGUAGUUACUGAAAAUAUGGAUUUGUAAUUCUUUACCAGAAUCUAUGUUUGUUGUAUAUGUUAAGUGAUAGGAAUUCAUGUUUAAACUUUCAAAUGUGUGGAUUAUGCAUUAAUUUUGAAACACACCUUUGUGA